AUGAGGCUGGAGGGGUACUUCAGCCUAACGCACUGCGCGCUCGUUGUCGUGGCUGUCCACGUAGCGCUCAGCACGGGACUGGUGCUUCAAAAUCUUUCGGAACUUUCACCAAAUGCCAGCGCUGGAGUGUAUGACUUUAUCGUCGUCGGUGGCGGCGUCGGAGGCUCUGUCGUAGCCAGUAGACUAUCCGAAAAUCCGAAAUGGAACAUCUUGCUCAUCGAAGCAGGUCCCGAUAACAUCGAUGUCCCGUCAAUCACAAUACCGGCGUUCUUCCAACGCACUCACGCAACCUACAACUGGAACUACACGACCGUUCCUCAAGCCGGAUUGAACAAUCGCUCUAUUCCGUACCUUCGAGGCCACGUAUUGGGAGGGAGCAGUUCCAUCAAUGCGAUGGUCUACACCCGAGGAGCGAAGGAUGAUUAUGAUCUCUGGGGUCGAGUCGCGAGCGAUAAGCGGUGGAGCUGGGACGGACUGUGGAAAUGGAUGUUGCGGAACGAACGUUGGGUCAACGCACCAGGAAACCGCUCGACAGCAGGAGAAUACGACCCCCGCUUCCAUAGCCUCACGGGAAAAACUGCAGUCAGCUUGGCUUGGGACAGCGCGACGGAGUUCGAUCGCCGGGCGUUGGAGAAUACCAACCUCCAAGACGAGAUCAAGUUCAAUCUCGACAUGAAUGACGGGUCUAUUCUCGGAUUAGGUUGGGCGCAACUGAGUAUUGGAAAUGGAGAGCGAAGUAGUGCUGCCACGUCGUAUCUGGGCGCGGAAGUUCGAAAGAGGCCUAACUUGACCAUCCUUUUGAACACCUACGUGACUCGCAUCCUUCCCACCAAGAGUAGAGACGGCGUGCUCAAUCUCCGUACGGUCGAGAUGGCUCCAAGGAAUGGUGCUCUCGUUGGCUACCCAGGUUCAACUCGAACCAUAACGUCCAAGAAGGAAACGAUCCUUUCCGCAGGAGCCUUCAACUCUCCCCAGAUCCUUCUAAACUCUGGAAUAGGCGAUCAGCGCGAUCUGGCAGAAGUUGGUGUAAAGCCAAUCCACCACCUUCCCGACGUUGGGAAAGGGAUGACUGACCACCCGACGUUGUUCUUGAGUUGGAGGGUGAACGAUACGGCGGUUCCUAUCGACGAAGUUCAGGCGUUAGCGGAGUGGAAUGCCAACCGCACGGGCCCGCUGACCUGGCCUAUCGGUCAUCAGAUAUGGUUCGCGCGCCUCCCGUCCAGCGCCGAUGUAUUCAAGAAGUACAAGGACCCUUCCUCUGGACCUACGGCUGCACAUAUUGAACUGCCACUGCCCAGACCAGGGUCAAAUUUCACGAGUCGAUGUAUCCUACUCACGCCAUACUCUCGUGGAUCAGUACAGCUCCGCUCCUCCAACCCCUUCGACGCACCACUCAUUGAUACAGGAUUCCUCACCCACCCAUUCGACAUCGAGGCUUUGAUCGAGGGUAUCCGUCUCUCUAAGCGCUGGUACGAAGGACCCGCCUGGAAAGGAUACGUCACCGAGUUCCUCGGGCCUGAUCCUGACAAGCUCACCCCAUCGGAAUUGGAAUCCCAGAUCAGAGACGGGGUAGCGACGUAUUGGCAUGCGGUUGGUACGACUGCCAUGUCACCCAAAGGCACGAACCGUGGGGUGGUGGAUUCAGAGUUGAAGGUGAAAGGUGUAAAGGGUGUGAGGACUGUUGAUGCUGGAGUGAUUCCGUAUGUGCCGUCGGUGCACACUCAGGUUCCGGUAUACGUGUUGGCGGAGAGGGCAGCCGAUUUCAUUCGCAGCUCGUGGUAA